AGAACCGCCAUUAUGACAUUGCAAAAAAGAAUCCGGAGACCCAACGAAGUCGACAAAUUCACUUGAACUGGAUUUUUCUCUUCGCUUAAGAAGAAAUCCCGAACGAAAGGAAGAAAAUAAAGCAUACGGGAGGAAGAAGAGGAAUGGGCCCUUGGGCCUUUGGCGUAUUUCUCAUCCUCGUAUCAACUCUGGGUCUUCUCCUGAAUGGCUACGUUCUCCUUGUCGUUCUCAGUCUUAAUAAACAGACGCAGCAGCAGCAGACGUCGAAUACUUUACUGCUGAUCCACUUGGGCGCCGUGGAAGCAGCGGUGUGCCUGAUACUGCUGAUUUUCGCAACCGGCUCGUGGCCGGUCGCAGGUACGUGGUGCGUCCUUCACGGAUUUCUACUGGCGUUGUUACACCCGGUUGCUCUGUGGACCGUCACCGGAUUAAACUGCGACAGGUAUUACGCGAUCGCCGCACCGCUGCACUACGCCGCCUUGGUCUCUCCGCGCCGCGUGAUCGUCGGGUUGGCUGCCUCUUGGACGGGCGCUCUACUCCUGUGCUUGCCGCCGUUCUCGGGUCUAGUGCCACCUUAUAAGUAUAGCCCAGGGUUGGGUUGCUGCGCCCCGGAUUUCGGGAACGGAUCCGCCGCGGCGCUCUACGGUGCCGUUUACGCCAUCCUGGGCCUGGGACUGCCGGCCGUUCUCGUGACGGUCUGCAAUUUACGCGUGCUGGGUAUAGCGCGGUACCAUCGGCACCGUAUCGCCAGCGCGAUCUACGAGGUCACUCUAAGCGCCCAGGUGACCAUCACCCAUCAGCGAAAUCCAUUUUUUGUGCCAACUGUCACCGCACCCUCCGCCGGCGGGCCGCCGCGUUUUCACAGUGCUGCCAGCACGGUGAUGCAACUGGUCGGCUCUCUGUAUCUGCUCUACUUUCCGUAUUGCGGACUCAUCCUCUGGGAAGCUUGCGACGCCGGUAAUCAGCACCGUCUUCACGCGCAUCCUAAGCUCGCCUCUUUAGCAUCGCUCCUCCUCGCGUGCUCGCCACCCAUCAACGGCUUGCUCUACGGCUUGAAAUCGCAGACCCUGCGACGAUCCGUGCAGAACUACUGGCGGAAAAAGGCAACUAAGUCGGAAUUGCAGCAGGAGAUUCAGGCGAGAACGCCGAGCGUCGCGGGCUCGAGAAGACCUUCCGGCAGCGGAAACGCUUCCUUCUUCCCAUUCCCGCCUCUACAACGGAGGCUAAGCGAGGCGUUAUUGGCCCUCGGCUCGUGCAGGACCGGGGGUAGUUUCAAAAGCAAUAAUCUGGGGUUCCAGCGUGGCAGAUUGCAACCCGCCGCCUCGUGUAAUACUCUCAGAGUGCCGACCGCUGAAUCAGGUGAGCCGAGCAAAUUGGUGAGGGCGAGCGCGAGUGCCGCCAGUCUGAUGGGUCCCCAUUAUCGGAGCGACUUUAUCGGGGCGGAUUCGGGCGCGGAAUGCUCCAUAGCUAUGUGCGAGACCCCGAGGAGAAGCCCGAGGAUCCUCAUAACGCGCGCGUACAGCGAGGAGAGCCAAGACGGAGGCAGCCCCCUUCUGAGAAAACCCCUCAAUUCCAAUACUAAUCCACCGCCGUGCGAAAAACGCCGAUGGCGACACUGCAGCACCGGAAGUGAGAGCAGCACGGGAAGCAGCGACGCAAGCGUAUGGACCACCGGCGUGACACCGAAGUACGGCAAGGGUAACGCGAAGAACUCGGACGGCUGGUCGUCACAUACGCGCCACGUACGUGGCAAAAAUCUAGAAGAAGGCGCCCUGUCAACCGCGAUCAGGCCGAACAAUAACAGCGAGAGCAGCGAUACCACGGACACGACUACAGCCACGACAACAACUACUACGCUGCUUAAAUCUCUCGCCAUGGAGACUGGCGAACAGAAUGAAAAAGAGAAGGAGAGGGUGAAUGGUAACAUGAAGAAAAAAGAGUUCAGCGAGAGCGAAAGCAGUUGGAGUAGCGUCGAAGAAAUCGAAACCAAGGCAGAGAGGAACGACGAAGACGACAAUCUUGAGAGAUCGAAGGAGGGUCCGCAAACGAGACCACCGAGGCGAAAGUUGAAAAGCAGCAAUCGCGAACCCGAAGUUUCCGCGGAGGAUCAUGAAGAGGCUGCGCAGCUGAGGCCACUUCUAACUCCCUCUUCUUAAGCCUACCCUCUUAAAUGUAUUUUCCUUUGAAUAAUCCGUUCGUGUAUGCGUGUGGUGUGCGCGUGUAUGUGAAUAUAUGUAUGUGUGCAUGUGUGUUGCGAACAAAAUAAAAUUUCACCGCGUGUAUUUAAGCGACACUGAUACACAUGGCGUUCACAGGAAGUUUCUAAAUAAAUGAACAUACAAUCGCGUGACACGUUUAUUUCGUGAAUUUACAAGAAUAAAGUUAGCCGGUGAAGAGUUGCGGUAAAGAGCUACUUUUAUAACUUGCAUUUACAAUAUUCGUGUUUGCGACACGAGAGCGAGGAGAAGGUAUUCGACAAAUAAUUUGUCCAAAAAUGUACGUUUCGUAGGCUGAUCUCUUACGUGUCUUAACGCACUGUAAAAAGUUUGAAGGAAAUAUGGAUUUGUUCUUUGCAGAUCCUUACAUUCGACAUUAAUAUAUAUACAUCGACAUAUCCUGAAAUUAUAUUUUUGUACUUUCACUCUGCGACGUUAUGUGACGCGACAAUGACGUGAGACCAUCUUUUGCAACAAAAACCGAAGAACUGAUUAAUACACCGUUGGCAAACUCGUUUUCGAGAAAUUUGUUCGCUCGUCCUGAAGAAUUAAUCAAUGAUCGUUUCCGAUCAAAUACCGAUAAAAAGUUUGCGUCAGCGAUGAAUUCGCGAAAACUCGUUAUCUACGAAAGUUCCGGUCCAAUUUAUCUUUAAUUUUCCGAAGCAAGUCAUACAGACUCGCAGUGGAGAGUGGAGAACAACGGAUGGAAGUCGGACACCCGAGAAAGUUCUUUUGACAGAAAGUGGCAACAACGUCAGAAUCAAAGAUGUGAAUUCCGAGGAAUGUUCGAACGGUAAGUUUAUCGAGCGCCGAGUUACGCUAUUUAGGAAAGAAAAAUAAAUUAAAAAAUGUUUGUGUCUUUUGUAAAUGUCAAGUUUCGCUCGAUAGUUACAAUCGUAGACGUAAAUUCCACAACUGUUUUGUGACUGACGUCUACGCGAUAAUUAUUUUUAUUAGCAAUGUAGAUAAAGCUAAAAUUAACCGAUAGUGUAAGUAGCCAUUGGAAUUGAUCCAAAAAAACUGCUUAGAGCAUAUGUGUGCGUACAAUUCUAUGUAUACAAAUAUC